GUUUUACCGUUCCAAGAGAUGAACACCAUUUUGUUCUUCAUGUAUCGAAUAUGAAUCGAAUGACGUAUGAAAAAUUUGCACUGUCGUUACUAACAAUAAACAAAAACAAAAGAAAAGUAUUGCAAUAUGAAGACGUCAUCACCGGCGCUUAAAUAUCUUCUGGAGAAGGAUGUACAGGUGUCCAAGCAUUUUGUUGUCGCCGUGUCCAACCUGUCUUUCUUCAAAUCCUUGCGAAUACAUAGCAGGUUCUUAGAAAUAUCCUGCGAUGGAAUCGCCUGGUUUGCCUCGUGGAUUGCAUUUAUUUGGUUGCUCAGCUCGAAAAGCUUGUACCAAAUGCAAGUAAACAUGCUUUUCGGAUUAGUUCUCGAUGUUAUAAUAGUGGCUGUACUAAAAGCGCUUGUUCGGCGCAGAAGGCCGGUAGCCAACAAGGAUAUGCUUACAAUAGGACCAGAUAAGUUCAGUUUUCCCUCCGGCCACGCCUCCAGGGCGUUUUUUGUGCUUCUAUUCUUUACAAAGCUGUAUCCGCUCCAUAUAAUUUUUUGGAUGCCAAUCACAGCUUGGGCUGUAAGCGUAGCAAUUUCACGACUUAUCCUACAACGUCAUUAUGUUCUGGAUAUUUUCGCUGGAGCAGCAAUAGGUGUCCUAGAGGCACUUUUGGUUGGAUUACUUUGGAUCAGUGAAGAGGCGGCUUUCAACGUUGUUGGUUUUCUUUCGGAGGAAAAUGUCGACAGUGCGGCGGAGUAACAAAUAUACAGAAACCGUACUCAAAAGCAAUAGAUAAUCCUUAAAUCAUUACUUAUGCUUUACCAAAUACAUUGUUAAUGUUAAAUACAUUUGCUUGUUGUUAUUUUCGUAUUAGAAGUGACAAUCGCUAUAGUUUUGUGCUGGAAAAAUAAAUAGAAAAUCGUCAUUA